AUGCAAGCGAUCAACCGCUUUCUGUAUGGCCCUACACCCGAAGAACGUGUGAAAGCGUGGCAAGCCAAGUUGCGGCAGGAGGGCCGUAUGCUUGACCGAGAGAUGAGGCAGCUUGACGUUGAGACCGCGAAGAUGCGCACGACUCUGAAGCAGGCGGCUAAGCGCGGAGACACCAAGAGUGCGCGCAUCUGUGCCGGGUCCAUUGUGCGCAGCAGCAAGCAGAAGGAUCGACUUUCUGUGAGCAAGGCUCGUCUGGGCUCGAUCGGACUGCAGCUGGACCACCAACUUGCUAUGGCCAAGGUUACUGGCUCCCUUCAGAAGAGCACCGAGAUCAUGAGGUUGUCUAAUAGCCUCGUGAAGCUCCCUCAACUGAACGCCACAAUGCGGGAUAUGAGUAUGGAAAUGACGAAGGCUGGCAUAAUGGAGGAGAUGAUGGACGACAUCGUGGAUAUCGAAGAGGACGAGGAUAUUGAGGAGGAGGCGAACGAGGAGGUGGAUAAGGUGCUGUUUGAUCUCACGGAUGGCAAGUUAGGCCAGGCUGGAUCCGUCGGGGAACUACCAACGUUGGAGACGCCGGUACCAGAAGCAGACGUGGACAAGGAGAUGGAGGGCUAUCGCAAGCGUUUGGACGGUCUUCUUAGUUAA